CACCAGCACCAUGUGUGGCUACUACGGAAACUACUAUGGCGGCCGCGGCUAUGGCUGCUGUGGCUAUGGAGGCCUGGGCUAUAGCUACGGAGGCCUGGGCUGUGGCUAUGGCUGUGGCUAUGGCAGACUGGGCUGUGGCUAUGGCUGUGGCUAUGGCUAUGGCUCCCGUUCUCUCUGUGGCUGUGGCUAUGGCUAUGGCUCAGGCUAUGGCUCUGGCUUUGGCUACUACUAUUGAAGACAAGAUGGGAGA